UCUCGUGGAAUGACAGAGGAGGAGUGGCUUCAAAGGGGAUUAGGAUACUGAUGAGUAGGGUUCAAAACUGCAGCCCGGUCACCCAGUCCAUGCAAGGUAAGCCAUACCUCCUCUCUUUUCGUUGCUUCCUUCUGUGUUGUCCCUUCUGAUCCAACUUAUGCGUGAGGUGGGCUGUGAGUGUGUUGAUGACUGAAAGUGGGCUUUCUCUAGUGAGACCUCCACAUCCCAGUGGGCACGCACUGGUCGAUUCAACGUUGUUGUUUCCACAUUUCAGCGAAGUUAUGUCGAUCCAACGUGGACCAGAUGUUAAAUUGACGUCCGUGCCCAGUGGGAUUCCUCUCUGUUCACACUAAGGGUUAGCUAUUAUUCAGCAGCGGAAAGUGAGGGGGAGGGUUGGCAAGUAGGGAGGGGUUAGUCUCGUGAAAAUGUGCGUGCGCUGGUGUGUGAGACGAACUGUGCUGGAAGGUGUGGAACAGUUUUAUGGCGAGAGAGGUGGCAUCAAGAAGGAGAAGUGUAAGUGAAGAAAAGGAAGAAUAUCUCCAUCCUGAUUGGAGAUUGACAAGCUUCAGAUGUAAGUAUAGCCAUGUUAUUAUGCCAUUGACAUGUCUUUAAUCUACCUUUGCAUGCUGAAAUAGUAUAAGAAAUAGCUGCUACUUUUUGCAUGCUUACAUUGUUGGUUUCAACUGUGGUUUCAUGAUAACAGUGCAGUAAAUUGUCUUCUCCCUUUUUAAAAAGCUUAAGAUGUUGCGGAGCAUUCUGAUGUUUGACUGACUGAAUUAUGUAGAUUUAAUUUGAACUGUUUAGAUUCCAUAAUUACAUCAGAGGGGAUUGGGUUAAAUAUGUGUGGCAUGUGUUUUCUAUCAUCUGAUUCGCAUGCCCCUCUUCACCUCAUGAUGUCCUGGAACGAUCUUCAGAGUUGUUUUAUUGAGCUCUCUCUCUGUACACUGCAGUUUAUACUUAUUUAGUGUAAGCGGAUGUUAAUAUUUUGUCUUUAUACGUUUUAUUUUGUCUUUAUACAUUUUAUACAUCUCAAGCACCUUGAGGGUGCAAGGCCCACUGGAAUAUGGUACAGUUAAUCUGCUUCAUCAAACAAUUUGCUGUAUAUUUGCCAUCUAAUUAAGGCACUCUCUCAAAGCGCCUGACUACAUUUCCAGAAGCUUUUAUGUGUGUAGCUACAGUACACGUACGUGUAAGAAAGGCUAAGUAAAGAUGGUCUCAGCCCAAGUGCCAUGGGUUUUGUCUCACAGCUUGACCUGUUCUGCCCGUUGCUAUGCAACGCAAAGCCCAUCUCGAGGCAUUACCUCCGCUCAGCCUCUCCUGGGCUUAUAGACAUGAGUUGCAUUCUCUAUGAAAGGUUCAAGAGUCCACCCUCCCACCCCCCCGCCUCCAUACGUGCAAAUCAUUUGUUUUGUAGUGGAUUUAGGCUUUGUUCCUAUCCUUUUUGCACUUUUCUCAACUCAACCACCAUGUUUCAGAGGUGUUUUUGAUUUUCAAUAUGUGCGCUAGGUUGUUGACUUUUCUUCAUGAAUAGACACUUGUUGUAUUUGUUGUUACUUUGUCAUAGUCCAGUGUGAUUUAGUUAGUAUUAUUUUGAAACACAUGGACACAUGAAUGUAUUUGUUAAAAAUAUUAAUAUAAAGUGCCAAUCAUGAAAUACAUUUCCUCUUGAUGAGUGAUGGUGAGAGUGAUGGAGAGUAAUGAGUGGAUAUGACAACAGUGGUUGAAUGAUAAUGAGAGGGGGACAUGUUUGAGUGUCAUCUGCUGCAUAGUAAAUACCCAUUUCAUUAGCCUAGUACAAAAGGAGGAAUGAAAGGAGAGAUACAAGAUGUGAUGGACGUGGGCAUUGAUUUCCAUAAGUAUUCAUUUCAUUAUGAUCACACAGAUUUCUUGUUGUUUAUAAGAGGACAUACUGUAUUGCAAAAUCUUUUAAAAUGGGUACAGUGUGUCUAUGGUUAUUUAUCUGUUUAUCCAUCUUCAUAACUAAAUUAGAAAUAGUUUAUAUUACAGUGAAUUCAUUUUUAUGACAGCCAUCUUUGUGUGUCCUAGGAUGUUGCUGAGCCUUCUUUCUGGUUUGAUCAUGGGAGCGGCUGUCCUCUUUGUUCUUUACCGCUGGGUGAUCCCCAUGGCUGUGCAGUAUCAUGGAGGACUGGCACUACUGUGGCAUGAUGUCAUCGUGGAGCGUGCACUGGACACCUUGACCCGGACUUCACGUCCUCAACGUAUUCUGAAGGCAGUGCAGACGAAAGCCACUGUAGGAGACCCCCAGAGUGUGAUCACGGCCAUUGACCACUUCUGCAGACAUAGAGAAUGGGCCAUGAAUGUGGGGGAUGAGAAAGGCUCCAUUCUGGACUCGGUGGUCAAUGAAGUGAGUCCAGUCACUGUCUUGGAGUUAGGCACUUACUGUGGCUACUCAACAGUACGCAUAGCCCGCCUAUUACCCCCUGGAGCCUGUGUCAUUACCUUGGAGUUCAACCCAGAUUAUGCUGCCAUUGCUCGUCAAGUCAUCAAAUGGUCAGGACUGGAAGAUAAGGUGCAGCUAGUGGAGGGAGCCUCAGGAGACUGGAUCCCUUGGAUGAAGGAGCAUUUCGGGGUCCAGGCGUUUGACUUAGUUUUCCUGGACCACUGGAAAGAGCGCUACCUUCCUGACACAAAACUGCUGGAGGAGUGUGGUCUCAUACAGAAAGGCACAGUGCUGCUGGCAGACAAUGUAAUCUGUCCAGGAACCCCUGACUAUCUGGAGUACGUCCGCAACAGCCCUCACUACAACAGCCAGUACUACAGAUCCCACCUGGAGUACACUAAAGCAGAGGACGGCUUGGAGAAGUCUGUGUUCUUAGGGUACUAGCCAAACAUUGAACCUCUUGUUUUAAAACACUGUAACUCUCUUUGUAAUGUAUUUUUUUGUUUGUUUCAAUUUUAAGUGCUGCCUUACAUCUGAGUUAUGACAUACUGUAACUUACUGUGCUAAGCAUUUCUUUCCCUGUAUAUUUAUCUAGAGUAAAUCAAUAUGUCUUUGAAAAGUA